AUGCGGGGCAACAGCAGCGCGCUGCUCAACAGCUCGCAGCAGGCGCCCGGCGGCGGGGACAGCGCGCGGCCGCGACCCUCGUGGCUGGCCUCCACGCUCGCCUGCACCCUCAUCUUCACUAUCGUGGUGGACAUCGUGGGCAACCUGCUGGUCAUCCUGUCCGUGUACCGGAACAAGAAGCUCAGGAACGCAGGAAAUAUAUUUGUGGUGAGCCUGGCAGUGGCAGACCUGGUGGUCGCCGUGUACCCGUACCCAUUGGUGCUGACCUCUAUAUUUAACAAUGGGUGGAACCUGGGAUAUCUACAUUGUCAGAUUAGCGCCUUCUUGAUGGGUUUCAGCGUCAUCGGCUCUGUAUUCAAUAUCACUGGGAUUGCCAUCAACCGCUACUGCUACAUCUGCCACAGUCUCAAGUACGACAAGCUAUACAGUAACAAGAAUUCCCUCUGCUAUGUGUUCCUGAUAUGGAUAUUGACACUUGUGGCCAUUUUGCCAAACCUGAGAAUUGGAACCCUCCAGUAUGACCCCCGGAUCUACUCCUGCACGUUCACUCAGUCUGUGAGCUCAGCAUAUACAAUAGCUGUGGUAGUUUUCCAUUUCAUAAUUCCUAUGAUCAUAGUCAUAUUCUGUUACCUAAGAAUAUGGAUCCUGGUUCUACAGGUCAGACGGAAGGUGAAACCUGAAAACAAACCUAAACUGAAGCCACAGGACUUCAGGAAUUUUGUCACCAUGUUUGUGGUUUUUGUACUUUUUGCCAUUUGCUGGGCUCCUCUAAACUUCAUUGGUCUCAUUGUAGCCUCAGACCCUGCCAACAUGGUGCCCAAGGUCCCUGAAUGGCUCUUUGUGGCUAGUUACUAUAUGGCAUACUUCAAUAGCUGCCUCAAUGCAAUUAUAUAUGGACUACUGAAUCAGAAUUUCAGGAAAGAGUACAGAAGAAUUAUAGUCUCACUAUGUACAGCCAAGAUAUUUUUUGUGGAUAGUUCUAAUGAUGUAGAAGACAGAAUUAAAUGUAAACCUUCUCCACUAAUAACCAACAAUAAUCCAAUAAAAGUGGACUCUGUCUAG